AUGAAGGCUGCACCCUCCGUGCGCAUGCCGAUUAAGGCAUCUGCCCGCAAUGCCCGAUUCGUGAGCGGCACCAGCAACUCUCGAUCCUCUGUCGCCUCCCCCGCCGCCGCAAACGCAUGGCAAUCACUCGCACAAACACCUGCUCAACCACGCAAGGCCUUGACUGCUCCUUUGGCCAAGCUGCCUCUUUCAUCGGUCCUCCGCUCCUUGCUUGUGCUUUCUGUCUCGUCCUCCACCCUUCUUCUUAAGCCAUGCAUCUACACACUGUCUCUUCUUGCGCACCCACGCAGCGCAUUGUGGGAUGUGGCCAAGAACCCACUCCUGAACACUCUCAUCAAGCACACUAUCUACAAGCAAUUCAACGCUGGUGAGAACAAGCUUGAGGUCCAGGAAUCCAUCAACAAGAUCAAGGAUCUUGGCUGCCGUGGCGUCCUCCUGGGAUACGCUCGUGAGGUUCUUAUCGGCGAGAACGAUGAUGCUUCAUACGAUGCCAAGGCCGCUCUCGCGGAUAUCCAAAUGUGGAUCGACGGAACUAUGCAAACCGUCGACAUGGCUCAGCCCGGUGACUUCGUCGCUUUGAAAUUCACCGGAAUGGGUAUCGAUGCCCUCAAGCUGCUCCAAGCUCAAAACAUGCCUACCGAGUUCAUGGACACCUCGAUCCAGAAGAUCUGCGACCUUGCCAUCUCCCGCGGCGUCCGUCUGCUCGUCGAUGCUGAAGAGCAAGCCGUGCAGCCCGGUAUCGAGGCCUGGAUCAUGAAGUACCAGAAGUACUGCAACUCCCAGACUCCUGGACGCGCCGUCUUCUACGGAACCUACCAGGCCUACCUCCGCUCUACCCCCGCCACUCUUGCUCGCCACCUGGAAACCGCCCGUGCUGAAGGAUACACCCUCGGUGUCAAGAUGGUUCGCGGCGCCUACAUGAAGACCGACCCCCGCGAGAUCUUCUGGGCCAAGAAGGAAGACACCGACAAGUGCUACGAUGAGGUCGUUGCCGCUCUCCUGACCCGCAAGUACAACUCCAUGCUCCAGGCUCCCACCAAGGAGAACCCUACCGAUCUUCCCUCCGUCAAUGUCAUCAUCGCCACUCACAACCGCGAGUCUGUCCGCAAGGCCCACGCUAUCCGCAUGGAACAGGCUACCCGCAGCGAGAACUUGGGUGUCGACGUCAGCUACGCCCAGCUCCAGGGUAUGGCCGAUGAGGUCAGCUGCGAGCUCCUGCAAGGAUUCGAGAAUGCCGAGGACAGCGUCGGUGCUUCUCCUAUCGAGGCUCCCAAUGUGUUCAAGCUUCUGACCUGGGGCUCCGUCAAGGAGUGCAUGGGUUUCCUGCUCCGUCGUGCUGUCGAGAACACCGAGGCUGUUGGCCGUACCAAGGACUCGCAGGUUGCUAUGCUUGCUGAGUUGAAGCGUCGCUGUGGCAAUGCUUUCAGCAGCAGCAAAUAA